AGGUUCGUGACCGAGUCGUUUGGUAAAGAUUCGACUCCUUUGAACGAUUUGUUCAAGGACCAGGCAUACAUUCGCUACAUCCCUUCGAGAGGUCAUGACUCAUCUGAUCGCAAAUUAAUAAAUUCAGCAAGGAGCCAGCAUGAAUCAAUUUAUCUCGCUACAUAUUUUCUUUGUACGCGCUCUCGUGUAAAAAGGUAGGCAUGCUUGUGAUUUUUUCGUUGUCACAGUUUUACGUUUAAGAUGUUCAAUCUCGCUGUUCGUAGUGUUCAGUUCAGGUGAUGCAAGAACACGUCUGUCUGGAGCCAGUCGUUUUUGGUCUUACUUUAUUUUGCGUCACAUAAAAGACAGCUGCAUAACAGCAAAAAAAAUUGCAUCAGAAAGGCGUUUCUAGUGAAAAUAAUCGCUGUGGUUGAAGAGCUAGGCUUUGUGUGAGUUUUUCAAACCCACAUGGUCUGUCAUUGUGGCUUGUGACUUUCUCCAGUCGGCACCCUGAACUUCAUUACUACAUGAAACUUGAAGUUCAGCUUCAUGCUGUCUGCUUAUGUUACUUUACGCAUGUACAAAGUUUUAGUUAUACUUCAAUCGUACUGUAACUAAAUCAACAACAAAUUCUGAGUGUUAAGUACCUACCUAUUUUGUUUUGAUCUUUGAUUUAGGACUUUUUGGAGCGCUUGGAACCUUUCAUCAUGUCACCACAUCCUGUGGUUCAGGCAAUAAUAGACCUCUCUGCUGGUGCUAUAGGGGGCACAGCUUGUGUAUUUAGUGGUCAACCUUUGGACACCGCUAAGGUGAAAAUGCAGACAUUCCCCACUUUGUACAGAGGCUUUGUGCACUGCUUUGUGUCUACAUACAGACAGGUGGGCCUUCGAGGGCUGUAUCAAGGUACAACACCGGCCCUCAUGGCCAACAUCGCGGAGAACUCUGUGCUCUUCAUGUGCUACGGCUUUUGCCAAGAGGUGGUUCGCUUCAUCUCUGGUCAGGAGAAAGGGGCUGUGCUCAGUGACGUGCAGAAAGCGUGUGCAGGCUCUGUGGCCUCUGUUUUCUCCUCUCUGGUCUUAUGUCCCACUGAGCUGGUGAAGUGCCGACUGCAGGCCAUGCAUGAGAUGGCAGCUUCCGGCAAGAUCAGGCACAGUCAGAACACAGUUUGGUCCGUGACAAAGUCCAUUAUGCAUAAUGAUGGUUUUGCAGGGUUCUUCCAGGGUUUAACCCCCACAAUUGCACGAGAGGUGCCUGGAUAUUUCUGUUUCUUUGGAGCAUAUGAGGUCUGUCGCUCUCUCUUUGCUGAUUACAUGCACUGUGGCAAGGAUGACAUAGGUGUAGCUCCUAUUGUGUUCAGUGGAGGUUUUGGGGGAGCUUGUCUCUGGCUUGUGGUUUACCCCAUGGAUUGUGUUAAAUCCAGAAUACAGGUCAUGUCGAUGACAGGCAAGCAGUCAGGCUUCUUCAAGACUUUCAUGCAUAUCUUCAGAACGGAAGGUGUAAGGGCUUUAUAUUCCGGUCUGACUCCUACAAUGAUCCGUACGUUUCCAGCCAACGGUGCUCUGUUCUUAGGUUAUGAAGCCAGCCGCAAACUCAUGAUGGAACAGUUUGAGAGCUGACCCUGUAACAGCACGCUUUUAUUUCUCUGGUCAGAUUUUGAGCCUUUUUAAAUGACCAGUCUAUAGUUUUUCAUUCAACAUGUCAUGGUUUGCACACACUAACACACAUUUUUUUAUGAUGUUUGCUUUGUUUUAUUUAUUUUGAUAACACUUUACAGUAAGGUUAUACUUGUUUAGUGAGUUCAUCGGGUAUCGUGAACUAUCAUAAAGCAUUUAUUAAUCUAGGUUAAUGUAAAAAUAUACUAUUGUUAAUACAUUGGUUUAUAAUACAUUAAUGUGAAUGUAAACAUUUAGGGCAUAAUGUUAACAAAUUUAACUUUACUGUAAAGUGUUACCAUUAUUUUUUAUGUUAUGUGGCUAAACCUAGGUCUGACGGUCUAAAAACAUUUCCGUUGUGCUAGUAACUUUAUUCCCAUCAUGCCUUCAUGCCUACAAUUGGAAACAUUUACUCUACAUACAUGCAAUUUUCAGGCUACCUCUGUAUUCUUUGCCAGUUUUGUAAUUCGUUAAGUCCCGUUGAAUGAACUAGAACUAUGCAAUUCAGUUUUGAAUGCUAUUCUCUUGAAUACUAAUGGACAAAAGAUACAUUUGCCAUGAAUACGUGAAUGAUCUGACUUCCAACAAACCCUAGUUUUAGAAAUGCACUAAAUGUGUUUAAUCAGCAUAACCAUAAGCUUUGUAUGUUUGGGUUUUCAUUUAGUAUUUCAAGUGAGGGGAAGAAUGCCUUAAUCAUGAUUGCUUCAGUUCUAACUAGGAAAUCUGUGUUUAUGUGAUUAACCGUUAAAUUUGGUUACUGGAUUGAUGACUUAAUAACGUCUUAUUCACUUUGUAACAUUUCGUAUUCAUUUUAAAUGUUUGAAAAGAACAAACCUUUUAAAAUUUAGACUGUCGUUGUGACAGUGUGAUGUUUUUGUAUGUGAGCCUAUGCUUCUUAUACGUUCAGUCGUAGAACAUUUACACCACAGACAGUCAGAUCAUUUAAAAAUAGUGUACUUUAAGUCAGCUGUACAUUAUAGCAGUAUUACAUUUUGUGACAUCUUAGAAUCUGAAAUGUACUGACUGUAAAUAUUCCACAAUUUGAUUCUGUUCUGAAAGAGUUAGGUUUGUAUAGUUAAACACCAGCUCUCUACCGAACUGAAUAACUUUGUAAAACCAGGAUUGCAUUUCAUGUGAGCUAUGUGAUUUUUUUUAGUGUUGUUAAAGAGAUUUGAAUUAACUUGAUACAAAAUCAUAGAUUUCUGGGGAGAAUUAAAUUGUGUAAAUGUGAAUUAAAGUCUGACAAAACAUAUCAACCA